AUGCUCCAGUGCCUGCUUACGGUUACUUUGGCCAACACAGUUGGGAAUGUUUCUGGCUCAGAAUAUGACAUACCAAACCUGGCUAAAACUCUUGAAGAAAUUAAGAAGGACUUGGAUGCCAAGAAGAAACCCCCUAGUUCAUAA